CAGUCAACCAACCCGCAAUCAAUACACACACCAAAAGCUCGCCAUCUAGCCAAGCCAAGGUGUCACGACCACCCCUGACACUCCAACUCGAAUUGCCUCCGCCCGACCUCGAGAGAGCGCGAACCCCUCCCGCCUCGGCUUUCGUUGCUGGACCGUCCGCCCGCGCAUUGAGGCUUGAUGCGUGUCAUCGUCGCCCGUUUCGCUCCCCGCUGCCCCCCCUCCAAGCCGCAGCAGCAGCAGCAUCUUCCGCACCUCCACCUCCUCCUCCGCCGCCGCAUCGCUUCCUCGGCUCUAGUACUAGAACCACCACCACCACCGCCGCCAGCACGUCGUGGUCUCCCCGCGCCGCCCCUCAUCGCCGGCCGCUUCGCCAGAACCACCGUCGCCGUCGACGCAUCAUCCCGCUCUCGCCUCCCGCCAGCCAGGACAAUCAUGACCUCGGCAGCGUCCCAGCGCCUUGCCGGCAAGACCAUCCUCAUCACCGGCGCGUCGUCGGGCAUUGGCCGCUCUACCGCUCUGGAGUUUGCUCGCACAAGCCCCAACGAUUUGCGCCUCGUGCUCACCGCCCGCCGCGUUGAUGCGCUCCGCGACCUCGCAGACCAGAUCCGCAACGAGGUCGGCCAAGGCGUCAAGGUCCUUCCCGUCAAACUCGACGUCAGCAAUGCCGACGAGAUCCGCGGCUUUGUUGCCUGUCUGCCCGAAGAGUGGAGGGACAUCCACGUCCUCGUCAACAACGCUGGCCUUGUAAAGGGCGUGGCGCGGGCCCCGGAUAUUGAUGAGCAAGACAUGGACGUCGUCUUCUCCACCAACGUGACCGGCCUCAUCAACAUGACCCAGGCCAUCCUCCCCAUCUUCCAGGGCCGACCAGGCGGCGGUCAAGGAGACAUCAUCAACGUCGGCUCUAUUGCUGGCCGAGAGGCGUACCCCGGGGGCUCAAUCUACUGCGCAAGCAAGGCCGCGGUUCGCAGCUUCACUGAUACCCUAAGGAAGGAGCUCAUCGCCACCAGAAUCAGGGUCAUUGAGAUCGACCCCGGUCAAGUCGAGACUGAAUUCUCUCUCGUCAGAUUCUACGGUGACAAGGCAAAGGCCGAUGCCGUGUACGCUGGCGUCGAACCUCUUACUCCCGAUGACAUUGCCGAGGCCAUCGUCUUCACUGCCACCAGACGGGAGAACGUGGUCAUUGCCGACACUCUCAUUUAUCCCAACCACCAGGCAUCUGCGCUCAUCAUGCACCGCAAAAACGUUUGAGUUACUUUCAAUGCGCUUUCAGUGGCUAUCUUUAUAUAGAUGUAGAGAUCAUUCGUAAUUUGCAGGUACAAAUUUGAGGCACCACCCCACGUCCGCCACGAUGGCCCUUUACUGUUCAGAACCGCGCAGGUACUUGCUUCGUCAUUUCCUGCCUCGCCAUGCAACGCUAUACGUCUUCUGCAGAUAGAAAAAUUCAUACACAGUCAUGUUCGACGAGUUCUCUUGCCCCUAUCCCACCGGCGCAAGCGCCGCAACCAUAAGGGUUUGGGAGAGGGGCCUUCUCGGG